UUUGAUACGAAGUAUACGGUAAGAAAUCAACAUCUGUCAUACAGAAUACUUUAAUCACCACUCAAAAAAAUAAGAUUGAACGGUCAAUUGAUCUACUUUAUCCAAUUCAAUAUUCAACUACGAAGUAAUUAUAUUUCCCAAAAUUGCCCUAAUUCAAAAAGUCCAAAUUACCCCUGUAUGCAACAAUGCAAGAAAUGCCAAUCCCCUCCAAUUCAAACAAACAAACCAACUAAAACCCUCUCAAAAUUUUUAGGGUUUAACAACCUCCAUUGUUGUAUUUCUCUUACCCCCAAAUUUUGUAGGGUUUAACACAACACUCAUUCUCCCUCUCAUUCACUCUUUCAGCCCCUAAAACCCUAAUCCACCAUGAAUUACAGGUUCCAGAAUCUUCUAGGAGCUCCUUACAGGGGAGGAAACGUCGUCGUUUCCGGCAAUAAUCAGCUAAUUUCAUCGGUGGGUAAUCGGAUUUCAAUCACCAACCUUAUCAAAUCGAAUACAAUAACAUUGCCUUGUCAAUUUUCUGCAAACAUCAUUCGUAUCGCGGUAUCGCCAGAUGGGAACUUCAUCUUGGCCGUUGAUGAGAAUAGCAGGGCUCAAUUCAUCAAUAUCCACCGUCGGAUUGUUCUUCAUAGAAUCACUUUCAAGGGUAAAGUUUCUGCUCUUCAAUUUAGCCCAAAUGGGCAGUUUAUUGCUGUUGCUGUUGGUAAAUUGAUUCAAAUUUGGCGUUCACCUGGUUUUAGGAGGAUUUUUUUUGCAUUUGAAUUAGUUAGAACUUUUGCUGAUUUUGAUGAUACGGUUAGUUGCUUGAAUUGGAGCCCUGAUUCGGGGUAUUUGAUUGCGGGUUCGAGGGAUUUGACUGUUAGGUUGUUUUGUUUGAGGAAAUUGAAGGAAUUUAAGAAUAAUAAGCCAUUUUUGUUUCUGGGUCAUAGAGAUGUGAUUGUGGGUGUGUUUUUUGGGGUUGAUAAGAAGACGGGUAAGGUUUCACGGGUUUAUAGUGUUUCCCGUGAUGGGGGGUUGUUUAGCUGGGGUUGCCCUGAUUUUGAUGGUAGUUUGGGUGGAAAAGGUGAGAAGGAUGAGGAAAUGGCUGACCCGCCUUCUCCCGGGACACCUGAAAAGAUGGACGAGGAAGGUGGCAUUGGCGGUGAUGGUGUCAUUGCUGUUGUUGAUGUGAAGAAGAGGAAAGAGUUUGAUGAGAAAGAAGGGGACUUUGGGGAUGAAGGGAGUGAGUUUCUUCUGCAUAAGCUGAAGUGGGAGUUGCUUAAGAAGGAUUAUUUUAUGCAAGCGCCUGCUAAAGUGACUGCGUGUGAUUAUCACCAGGGGAUUGAUAUGGUAGUUGUGGGGUACUCGAGUGGAGUUUUCGGGUUGUACCAAAUGCCUGAUUUUGUUUGCAUACAUCAGUUGUCAAUAUCACGAGAGAAGAUCACAACUGCUGUUUUUAACGACUUGGGUAACUGGUUAACCUUUGGAUGUGCAAGGCUUGGGCAGCUGCUUGUUUGGGAAUGGAAGUCAGAGAGUUAUAUUUUGAAGCAGCAAGGCCAUUAUUUUGACGUAAAUUGUCUUGCUUAUUCACCCGAUUCACAGCUCUUGGCUACUGGAGCUGAUGAUAACAAAAUCAAGGUUUGGAAUGUUUCCUCUGGCUUUUGUUUUGUGACAUUUCCUGAGCAUACUAAUGCAGUCACAGCCCUUCACUUUAUGGCUAAUAAUCAUAGCCUCUUAAGUGCAUCUUUGGAUGGAACAGUUCGUGCAUGGGAUCUUUUCCGGUAUCGAAACUUUAGGACAUUUACUACCCCUUCUUCGAAGCAGUUUGUUUCUUUGACUGCUGAUCAGAGUGGUGAAGUGAUAUGUGCUGGAACAUUAGAUUCAUUUGAGAUAUUUGUUUGGUCAAUGAAAACAGGACGCUUGCUAGAUGUUCUAAGUGGUCAUGAAGGGCCUGUUCAUGGAUUAAUGUUUUCUCCGUCAAAUGCAAUAUUGGCUUCGUCUUCAUGGGACAAAACUGUGCGGCUGUGGGAUGUUUUUGAAGGGAAGGGUUCCGUUGAGACAUUUCAACAUGUCCAUGAUGUUCUUACUGUUGUUUACCGUCCAGAUGGGAAACAACUAGCUUGUAGUACAUUAGAUGGCUUAAUUAAUUUCUGGGAUCCUCUUGACGGUGCAUUAAUGUAUACUAUUGAGGGUCGUCGAGAUAUUGCUGGAGGUCGGUUGACGACCGAUCGCAGAUCCGCAGCUAACUCCACCUCAGGAAAGUACUUUACAACCUUGAGCUAUUCUGCUGAUGGAAGUUACAUACUGGCUGGUGGCAGUAGCAAAUUUAUUUGUAUGUAUGAUAUCGCUGAGCAGGUAUUGUUACGUAGGUUUCAAAUAACUCACAACCUUUCACUUGAUGGGGUCCUGGAUGUCUUAAACUCUAAAAAGAUGACAGAAGCUGGUCCUCUGGAAUUGAUUGAUGAUGACAAUAGUGAUAUAGAGGAAGGCAUUGACAAACAAACACGAGGAAAACUUGGUUUGGAUUUGCCAGGAUCUAUGCCUAACCGUGGGAGGCCUGUGAUUCGAACAAAGUGCCUCAGAAUUGCACCUACUGGGCGCAGCUUUGUGGCGGCAACAACAGAGGGAGUUCUGGUUUAUUCAGUGGACGAAUCCUUUAUUUUUGAUCCUACUGACCUUGACAUUGAUGUUACUCCUGAGGCAGUUGAUGCAGCACUCAAUGAAGAUCAACAUAGCAGAGCUCUGAUCCUCAGUCUUAGAUUAAAUGAAGACUCACUCAUGAAAAAAUGUAUUCUUUCUGUCAAUCCUGCUGACAUACCAGCUGUUGCUUCAUCAAUCCCUUUCAGAUACUUGCAAAGAUUAAUAGAGGCAUUGACAGAACUUUUGGAGGGCUGCCCUUAUUUGGAGUUCAUUCUUAGAUGGUGUCAGGAAAUCUGCAAAGUUCACGGUCAUUCUAUCCAACAAAAUUCCAGAAACUUGCUUCCAGCCCUGAAAUCGCUACAGAAAGCCAUUACUAGUUCCCAUCAAGAUUUGGCAGAGAUGUGCUCCUCAAAUGAAUAUUCACUAAGAUAUUUGUGUUCAACAACCGUGAAGAAAUGAUGUGGUGGUAACACCAUCCAAAUAUUCACUAUUCAUGAUAAAUUUUUUUGUUGCAAUUGUAUUACUUCUGUAUUUAUAUUUCUAGUUUAGUUCAAAAUACAAAAAUCCAAGUUUUCCCACAAGCUCACAAUUUUGAUAACAGAACAAUGAUUUUCAUAUAGUGAUAUGGUAUCAAUACAAAAUUUCUGAGUCGUGACUUGAUCAAA